AUGUUUAGUUUUACAGCUAACACCACAUCUCCUCCUCCUAUUACCACGCUUCAUGAUCAUGAUCAUCCUCCCGAACCUAUGGACCUAGACACAGAACCCUCAAUUAACAAUACACAAGCUAUUAAAGAAGAAGGAGCUUCUCAAGCUCUCACGCUUUAUUCCUAUCCGAACACAGAAGCCUCAAUGGCCGAGACACAAGUUAUCGAAGAUUCCCAAGCUCUCACAUUUUGCGCUAGCUGCUCAAAAACAAAAGCUUCAAAGACCCAGGAAGGUUCUAAGGCCAAUGGUAAUGAAGUUAUUCAGGUCCCUGCUACACCACCACAACCCCUACCUCGUUGGCGAGCAGUCUGGAAAGUUCCAUACUCAGGCGAAGCAACAGCUACCCCACCUCGACGCGAUGAUAUCGACCAGCACCCCAAGAAAGCGCGGAAGGUCACUUUUUGCGGCCUACCGCCCGAGAAGGCCUCCAGCUCACGUGCACCAAAAAGGCCCCUACGCCGCAAGAAACACCACCGGCAGACAAACACAAACACGUCAAAGAUCCCCGCACAAUAUCCUCGUGACACUACUGUGACUAGGGCAUGGGGAAAGCUUGUCGCGACGGAGCAUAGUGAUGCGCCGUGUCACGCUUACAACACCAUGUACCUUCUCGCAGCGUUUACCUCCAUCGGGCGGUCACGAUCUUGCACAUACAGAUUCAACUAUCUGACAGUCUCCAGGGUCCAUAUUCGGAUAAUCUUGGCCGAAUCGGAUGAUGCAUGGCCCCUCGACAACAUGGACCCGAAGAAAUGGCGCGCACGGCCAUCCAUGCGGGCUUGGAUCAAUAUUGAAGCAUGCAAUGGCUGCUUUAUCAAUGGGGAGAGGAAGAUCAAGGGCUAUAUAGGCAGAAUUUACAAUGGAGAUUUUUUACAGUUUUUCCAGCCUGACGGUGUCUUCACUUACGAAUGCAAGCUCGCGAUUGGUGACCACGAAAGACCGCGAACCUCGAUUAAUGGUGGCGCCAGGACAUUUCUAUAUUCACCUCUCAACAGAAAGCGGAAACGAGAGAGAGACGAAUAA